CGAUUCUUGGCGCUUCAUUACAACAUUCACAUCUUCCUCGACUUCUUCGUCGUUGUGGUCGGGCUCGCCGUCUUUGUCUUCUCUAAUUCUCUGUCGUUACUUACGAUGCACUCGGAUGCCUUCGAUGUGAUCCCGUACGAGGACAUCAAGGGGGACUGGGUCAGACUGGGAUCCGGGUCGUUUGGGAAUGUCUACAAAGGGAAAUACCUGGGCAUCGACGUGGCCAUCAAGGAAGUUCUCCCAUCCACCGAGUACGACGUCGGCAAGUACUUUGAGCGAGAAUGGCGGUUGAUGAAGGAGUCGCGACAUCCCAAUAUCGUACUCUUCUUGGGUCUGUCCCGUGCGCCGGAGCCUGACAACAGAAUCUUCAUCGUCUCCGAAUAUAUCGAGAACGGAAAUCUUCGUCUUUAUAUCCACAACAAGUCGAAGCCAUUUCCCUGGCGCCUUCGUCUCUCCUUUGCAACGGACAUUGCCCGUGCUCUUGCCUACCUGCACGCUCGCAAAUGUAUUCAUCGCGAUCUCAAAGGCGAAAACCUGCUUGUCACUUCCAACGGACGUCUCAAGAUCACUGAUUUUGGUUUCGCUCGCAUCGCCGCUCGAAAUGAAGAAGAGUCUAAGCGACUUACCUUCUGUGGUACAGACUCGUACAUGUCCCCCGAGGUCCUGCUUGGGGACGAGUUUGAUUUGCCCACCGACAUCUUUUCCCUUGGAAUCAUAUUUUGUGAGAUCGUGUCACGCCAAUUGGCAGAUGACAGGCAUUUCAAGAGGUUUGCUCCCACAUUCAAUAUCGAUGCAGAUGAGAUCUACAAACUCGCCAGUCCCGGCUGUCCUCCCGACAUGGUCGCCCUGUGUCUUGACUGUCUCGCGAUAGAUCCCGCCGCACGACCUGUUACCCGUGAUAUCCUUGAGCGUCUUCGGAAAAUUGAAGUGGAAGUGCUGGCACGUCCGAGUGAGGAUGAAGAUUCUCAUGUGGGUAGCAUCAAGUUCAUGACCGGCGGCAAGCGACCACCAGCUGGCCCACGCAUUCCCAGUUUCGGAAUGGGAGUCGGAAAGAAUAUUCGGUCCAGCGGGUCUUCCACCGAUGAUAGUGAUGACGAGCUGAUGGAAGCAGUCAUGGGCCUAUCCACUGUAGGAGUCAAGAGUGAUUGGAGUAAUUCAACUGGCGGUGGUAAUGAACCCCUUCUGAACACUGGGUCAUCCGAAUACAGCACCACUGUUAUCCGUGCGCACCCUUCGCAGCAUACAGUGCCUCCCUCCCUUUCCUCUAUUCUAACCAUUCGUGCUUCCCUAAAUCCAAACGAGACCCCCGGCCAAGUGCUACCAGCGUCAAACCAUUCACCCCCGCCCCAUCGUUCCAGCACUAUGGCCCAGUGUACCGAAGACAAGGAUCUCUUGGGUACUUCAUCCAUUAUGUCUAUCGACUCCCUUGACUCAUACCACACUGCGGCGGACCCGUCGGUAAUAUCCAGCGCACUGGCGACAGAAGGAGGAUCCACAAUCCGCUCUCUGCAUGGCAACUAUGUUGCUCCUCUUGUCCACCGCUUCACCCUUCUCAAGCCUGGUGGCGCCAAGCCCAAGAAGAAUAGCAUCAGUGGUACCACAUCACCCCCCGGUGAAGCCAUCACAUGGAACCCGUUUGACUUAAUUUUCUCCAGUGGCCUCUUUGUCGCCAAAUGCGAUAUCUGUACGAAACGGCUAGGAUGGAAACCCGUGUUGCAGUGUGAUGACUGUGGAUUGAAGGCCCACAUCAAGUGCGGCGAGGUUGCUCCACGCGACUGUGGUCUCCGACCUUCUUACCAUGACCACGCGACAGGCAUGUCUCCAGUGUCUAAAGUAAAGCAAGGUGGAAAGGCGAGCCCGACUAGAUGAUCGCGCCUCUGACCUUCACUUUCAUCAUGAUAAUCAUUAACGACCUUUUACGACGUUUCCGACCUCCAUUCCUGACAUUCCAUCACGACCACUCAUGGACCAAUAAUUAUAAGGCAUACAUGGACUCCCAACAUCAUACUUUCAGCUUGACAUUUGUACAAACAUCAACGUCUUGUAUGUGAUUAUAUUAUACGAUAAGAUUCAUCUAGUUCCUCGUAGUGGUUUUGUAUCCAUUCAAUUUAAAACGUCAUUCAGAUGUGAUUGACUUGCGUUGUCCUGUG